CUAGGAAUUUGGUAUCUGUUGGCAAGAAACAUUGAUUUGUUGAUUUCUUGUUAGUCCGACCAUUUAAAAAAGGACUUCAAGUCAUCUAUAGAAUUGUUAUUGCUCAACAUCCGGUCCUUGCUUCUUUUUCGACUUUUUGUAUUUUAGAAAGUGAUUUUGGUCCGUGUAUCGUCUAUUUAGGGAAUAGAUAGCAUUCGGUAUAUCUAUCUUGUAUUUAUACAGAUAGUUUUUAUCUUUUCCUUAGGUGAGGUAUCACGGUUUCUCUUUCUCCGGCAUAGAGAAGAAAAAUUUGACGGACCCGCGUUCAUUCCCUUCGUAUAGCUUAUUCAUUAUUGUUACGGCUUGAAGUGAUUUACGGAUUUCUUUCUUUUCUGAGUUCGUUCUUUUCUAUUUAUCCCAGACACUAUCUUUUUUCUAUUUUUCUUUCCUUUGUACACUUCGAGUACGGCAUAUGCUGAAAACCUUCCUUUUUUAAGAAGAACUGCUCAACACUUGCAAAGGUUUUUAUUGCAUAAAAGCAUCUAUCUUUUUAUUUUGCAUCUAAAUCAGCAUCGAAAGUUAAAGAUAAAUCUUGCAUUUCGGCAUCGUCUACGAUACUUUUGUAAUUUAUUUAUCAUAUUCUAGCUUAUCCACUUUUUUUCUUUUUUUCAAUCGUAUAAUUGUUCUUGGCCAUUUGAGGACGUUUCCUGAUCUUUUUGGCUUCUGACAUUUCGUGCGGUGUAUGUUCAGAGCUAAUUUCUAGGUGAACAAGUACGCCCAUACUUACGUUUCUCUACAGUUUUCUCUCUUUUUUAUUCGAUUAACGGUCUUUCGUUAUCAUUCCUUUCCUUCUUUUGUGCAUCUUUUAUCAUUUUUCAUUUUAUAAACUUUUGCUUUUUCUGGUAUAUCCAUUUUACUUGAUUUUCAUAAAAUGGAUCAGUAUUGGCGAGAGCAAGAAGGCCGCGGCCUUUUUGAAGACGAUGCUACGAGUUACACGUCUGAAAAUGAUUCCAUGAACUCAUUGCAACGCUUGAUUUAUGAUGAUCCAUCUGUUCAUGAUGACCUUCAGUCUGAUUAUGAUAGUAGCUCCUUUAAUGUCGACGCUAGUCCUGUCGCUUACCCUUCAUGGAACCAAGCUGCUGAAGAACCCCCGGUAACUAUGGAGGGUGUUCAGGAAAUACUACUUGACCUUACAAAUAAACUUGGAUUUCAAAAGGAUAAUAUGCGUAACAUAUUUGAUUAUAUCAUGGUUCUACUCGAUUCUCGUGCCUCUCGUAUGUCUCCUUCCCAAGCACUCCUUACUCUUCACGCAGAUGUUAUUGGUGGUACUUACGCCAAUUUUGCAAAGUGGUAUUUUGCUUCACAUUUUAAUGAUGGCCAUGCCAUUGGGUUCCAUGAUAUGUCAUCACCGAUCGUAGAAAAAAUGACAUUAAAAGAGGCAGAACAAGCCUGGAGAGAUCAAAUGGCUAGCUUUUCUCCUCAUCGAAUGAUGGUCCAACUGUGCCUUUACUUUUUGUGCUGGGGUGAGGCUAAUAACGUUCGUUUUAUGCCUGAAUGUCUUUGCUUCAUCUUUAAAUGCGCCUACGACUAUUAUAUUUCAUCUGAAGCUCGAGACUUGGAUUCGGCUUUACCGAAAGAAUUUUUUUUGGAUUCUGUAAUCUCUCCUAUAUAUCGGUUCUUCCAUGCUCAGCUCUUUGAAAUCCUGGAUGGUAAAUAUGUUCGCCGCGAACGAGAUCACGCUAACAAUAUUGGUUACGAUGACAUUAACCAAUUCUUUUGGUCUUAUAAAGGCCUUGAAGAAAUAAAAUGUACUGAUAAAACUCCUUUGUUAGAUCUACCUCCUUUUAUGCGUUACCGCCAUUUAGGUAAUGUUGAAUGGAAAUCUUGUUUUUACAAGACAUACUACGAAUAUCGAUCAUGGUUUCAUAAUAUCACCAACUUUUCUCGAAUCUGGGUUAUGCACAUUUCUGCGUAUUGGUAUUAUUCUGCUUAUAAUUCCGCCAACUUGUACACUUCACAUUUUCAUAUACGAAUGAAUAAUAAGCCUCCGGCAGCUUGUCGCUGGACUGCAUGUGGCUUAGCAGGUGCAAUUGCUACUUUUAUUACUCUUCUCGCCGUUAGCUUUGAGUAUCUUCAUGUCCCAAGACGCUAUCAUUGUGCUAGACCUUUAUGGCCUAGUUUUCUGAUGCUUCUAACUGCUCUGUUACUCAAUAUAGCACCUACUAUUUUUAUUUUUGCUUCAACGGACCAUCAACAGACUUAUGUUUCUCGUUUAGUGGUUGGUAUCGUACAUUUCUUUUUUUCAUUGGUAUGUGUGGUUUACUUUGCUGUCACGCCAUUAAGAAAUCUUGUAGGAUUUACCACAAAAAGCUCUGGUCACGAUUUAGCUAAUCGAUAUUUUACUUCUAAUUUUACCUCAACCUCUAAGGGUGGUGCUUUCAUUUCAUGGUGCUUAUGGAUUACGGUUCUUGUUGCUAAGUAUCUUGAGUCUUACUUUUUUCUUGCACUCAACCUUUCGGAUUCCAUUCGCUUCUUAGGUGCUAUGCGUCCUUACGAUUGCGGUGAUUAUAUUUUAGGUUCUGGCCUAUGCAAGGCUCAACCAAAAAUUCUUCUUAGUUUGCUGUAUCUUACUGAUCUGUCAUUGUUCUUUCUGGAUACUUACCUAUGGUAUAUUUUAAUUAGUACCAUUUACUCCUUAGGUUACGCUUUCUACUUGGGAAUUAGUGUGUGGACUCCUUGGCGUGAGCUUUUUUACCGUGUUCCUAGAAGAAUUUAUACCAAGCUUCUCUAUACUAAUGAUAUGGAAAUUGCCUUUAAACCCAAGGUAUUGAUUUCUCAGGUUUGGAAUGCUAUAAUCAUCUCCAUGUAUAGAGAACACCUUAUUUCUAGGGACCAAAUUCAGGAGUUGCUGUAUCAUCAAGUCCCUUCUGAGAAGGCUGGAUAUCAUACGCUUCGUGCGCCAAAUUUCUUUUACUCCCAGCAAGUGAAGCACUAUAGACAGGAUCUUUUUCCUGCUAAUUCUGAGGCUGCUAGGAGAAUUUCAUUUUUUGCUCAAUCACUGGCUGAGUCAAUUCCAAAGCAUUGUUCUGUGGAUGCUAUGCCUACGUUUACAGUCUUAGUACCUCAUUAUUCAGAAAAAAUUUUGCUGUCUUUACGUGAAAUAAUUCGUGAAGAAGACCAGCUUUCUCGUGUAACUCUUUUGGAGUACUUAAAGCAAUUAUAUCCAAUUGAAUGGAAAAACUUUGUUGAUGACACGAAGCUGCUAGCCGAUGAAAAUGAUUCAGUGGACUCAACCAUAGAUGGUGAAAAGAAUGACCUGCAGGCUAAGGCUUAUGAUCUUCCAUUUUACUGCAUUGGUUUUAAAUCUGCUACACCGGAGUACACUUUGCGAACAAGAAUUUGGGCAUCUUUGCGUACUCAAACGCUUUAUCGUACAAUCAAUGGAUUUAGUAACUACAGUAGAGCAAUUAAGCUCUUAUACCGUACUGAAUGCCCUGAACUCGUUGAAUGGACAAACGGUGAUCCAGCUCGAUUAGACGAAGAAUUGGACGUGAUGGCUAACAGAAAAUUCCGUUUUUGUGUUUCCAUGCAACGUUAUGCUAAGUUCACUAAAGAAGAAGCUGAAAAUGCAGAAUUUCUUCUCAGAGCGUACCCUGAUCUUCAAAUUGCUUACAUGGAUGAAGAUCCACCUACUCGUCCAGCUGAAGAAAGAGGAAUUUACUCUGUACUGAUUGACGGCCACUGUCCUAUAAUGGAGAAUGGUAAGCGACGCCCUAAAUAUCGUAUACGUCUAUCUGGUAAUCCAAUUCUCGGUGAUGGUAAAUCUGAUAACCAAAAUAUGUCAAUUCCUUACAUUCGCGGUGAAUAUGUUCAAAUGGUUGAUGCAAACCAGGAUAAUUAUUUGGAAGAAUGUCUUAAAAUUAGAAAUAUUCUCGCGGAAUUUGAGCAAUUUACCCCUCCUAUGCAUAAUCCUUAUUCUGUGAAUGCAAAGUCCACGUCUAAUCAUCCAGUUGCUAUUCUUGGUGCUCGAGAAUAUAUUUUUUCCGAAAAUACUGGUAUGCUCGGUGAUGUCGCCGCAGCCAAAGAACAGACUUUUGGUACUAUGUUUGCUCGUAUUUUAUCUGUAAUUGGUGGCAAGUUGCAUUAUGGCCAUCCUGAUUUUAUCAAUGUUUUGUUUAUGACGACCCGUGGUGGUGUAUCUAAAGCUCAAAAAGGUUUGCAUGUCAACGAAGAUAUUUAUGCUGGUAUGACCGCUUUACAGAGGGGUGGUAGAAUCAAGCACUGUGAUUAUUAUCAGUGUGGUAAAGGUCGUGACCUUGGUUUUGGCUCGAUUCUCAACUUUACUACGAAAAUUGGUACUGGUAUGGCUGAACAAAUGCUUUCCCGUGAAUAUUUUCAUCUAGGUACUCAAUUACCUUUCGACAGAUUUUUAUCGUUCUUCUAUGCCCAUGCUGGUUUCCAUGUUAAUAACAUGGUCAUUAUGUUUUCGUUGCAAUUGCUUAUGCUGGUCAUUAUUAACCUCGGUGCGAUGUUUAGUGUGGUACCUGUUUGUAAAUAUCGCCAAUUUAAUCCGGUUACUGCUCCUCUUAGUCCUCAGGGUUGUUACCAACUUCAACCAGUUUUAGAAUGGCUUAAACGUUGUAUUUUGUCAAUUUUCAUUGUCUUUGGUAUUGCGUUCGUCCCCUUAGCUGUUUGCGAGUUGAAUGAACGUGGUGCCAUCAGAAUGGUAAUCCGUGUAUCUAAACAAAUUUUCUCUUUAUCACCCAUCUUUGAAAUCUUUACUUGUCAGAUUUAUGCUCAAAGUCUGAUUGCUAACUUGUCAUUUGGUGGUGCUCGGUACAUUGGUACCAGUAGAGGAUUUGCUACUGUUCGUGUACCAUUCGCCUUGUUAUAUUCUCGUUUUAGUGGACCUUCACUGUACUUUGGUUCUAGACUUAUGUUUAUGCUACUUUACGGAUCUAUCACAGCUUGGUUGCCUCAUUAUAUCUAUUUCUGGAUUACUUUGGUUGCUCUUUGUGUUAGUCCAUUCUUGUAUAACCCUCAUCAAUUUGCCUGGACUGAUUUCUUUGUUGAUUAUAGAGAAUUUAUUAGAUGGAUUUUCCGUGAGAAUUCUCGCAACCAUUCCAAUUCUUGGAUUGGAAAUUGCCAGCUUACACGAACUCGCGUUACUGGAUAUAAGCGUAAAAUAUAUGGAAAGAAAGCCGACAAAAUUUCUAUGGACUCUCCUCGUGCUCGCAUUACGACAAUGUUUUAUGGUGAAAUUCUAGGUCCUUUAGGUACCGUGUUUUUCACUUGCAUUCCAUUUUUGUUUGCCAAUUCUCAGCCGGGCAAUGAUAAUGAAUCUGAAAGGACUAAUGCUUUCAUUCGGUUGAUUAUUAUGUCUUGUGUUCCUCUUGUCCUUAGUGCUGGUAUCGCUCUUCUCUUCUUCUGUCUUGGUAUUAUCUUACGCCCAGUGGUUGGUGGUAAAGCGAGAAAGGUUGGAAUUUACAUGGCUGGAGCUGCGCAUAUCCUGUUUGUAUUUAUAGAUAUUGUUGUUUUUGAGGUUCUUGGUUACUUAGAAGGAUGGACUUUUAGUACGACAUUGCUUGGGUUCAUUGCUAUUACCUCCAUUCAUCGCUUUGCCCACAAAAUCCUAAUAAUUUGCUUCUUAUCUAGAGAAUUCCGUCAUGAUGGUGCUAAUUUAGCGUGGUGGUCAGGUUUAUGGAAUGGACAAGGUUUCGGAUACAUGGUGCUGACUCAGCCUUGGAGAGAAUUCAUAUGUAAGACUACUGAAAUUAACAUGUUUGCUGGAGACUUUCUUCUCAGCCAUCUGUUACUCUUUCUUCAGUGUCCCAUCAUUUUAAUUCCAUAUAUUGAUAAACUCCAUUCAAUCAUUUUGUUCUGGCUUCGUCCCAGCAGGCAAAUUCGUCCUCCUGUUUACACCAUCAGACAAAGCAAGUUACGCCGACAGAUCGUGCUCCGCUAUGCCACUCUGUACUUUACUUUAUUUGCUAUAUUUUUCCUUCUCCUAAUUUUACCUUUCGUGUUUGGCAAGUCUGACGCAGGAAAUUCGUUUGAUAAGUUUAAUAUGAUUCAGCCAGCCAUUCAUAAGCACCGAUCUCUUACCAAGAAUUCUUCAGUUUAAACAUUUUCUCUUUUAUUUUCUUCUCUUCCUCAUUGGGAUGUUGUAUCUGGAUACAAUGGUUAUAAAAAGAUCUGUACAGAUUUAUUCUAUUAAUUUUACAAUUUAAUAAUAUAAAGUUAGUUCAUAUUAUGAAUGAGCAAGAGGUGUUGGGGAUGUUAAUUAACUGCC